AUGACCUAUCAUCAUCAUCAACUCAACGGCCUAUCAUCAUCAUCAACUCAACGGCCUAUCAUCAUCAUCAACUCAACGGCCUAUCAUCAUCAACUCAACGGCCUAUCAUCACCAACUCAACGGCCUAUCAUCACCAACUCAACGGCCUAUCAUCAUCAUCCACUCAACGGCCUAUCAUCAUCAUCCACUCAACGGCCUAUCAUCAUCAUCAACUCAACGGCCUAUCAUCAUCAUCCACUCAACGGCCUAUCAUCCACUCAACGGCCUAUCAUCAUCAUCAUCAACUCAACGGCCUAUCAUCAUCAUCAUCAACUCAACGGCCUAUCAUCAUCCACUCAACGGCCUAUCACCAUCCACUCAACGGCCUAUCACCAUCAACUCAACGGCCUAUCACCAUCAACUCAACGGCCUAUCACCAUCCACUCAACGGCCUAUCACCAUCCACUCAACGGCCUAUCACCAUCAACUCAACGGCCUAUCACCAUCAACUCAACGGCCUAUCACCAUCCACUCAACGGCCUAUCACCAUCCACUCAACGGCCUAUCACCAUCCACUCAACGGCCUAUCACCAUCCACUCAACGGCCUAUCACCAUCCACUCAACGGCCUAUCACCAUCAACUCAACGGCCUAUCAUCAUCAUCCACUCAACGGCCUAUCAUCCACUCAACGGCCUAUCAUCAUCAUCCACUCAACGGCCUAUCAUCCACUCAACGGCCUAUCAUCAUCAUCAACUCAACGGCCUAUCACCAUCCACUCAACGGCCUAUCACCAUCCACUCAACGGCCUAUCACCAUCCACUCAACGGCCUAUCACCAUCCACUCAACGGCCUAUCACCAUCCACUCAACGGCCUAUCACCAUCCACUCAACGGCCUAUCACCAUCAACUCAACGGCCUAUCACCAUCAACUCAACGGGGUCCUGGGGUAG